GUUUCUAUCACAUCAACAAAAGAGAGUAUUUAUAAUGCAAAACAAGCAAGCAAAAAUCGAAUAAACACAGCCAAGGAAGCGUGCAACAGGUAUAAUAUUACAUAUAACGGCGAUGCCGCGAGCAGAUUUGUCAUAUCGGACAAGUAUAAGUUCAUGAUAGACAUAAUACCCAAAGUAGGUUCUGGUACUAUGAGAGGCAUAGGUAUCAAACUCAAUCCAGAGUCAACUAUUACUUUUUACCGAAUCAAAAUGCGUGAUAUGUCAGAGUUCGGGCACUACACAAAAAUUGUCUUUUUUCGUGAUCCAUUGGAACGACUUGUUUCAUUUUAUUAUUAUGCAGUACAUUCUACGCGAAACACAGGUUCAGGUUUCUACGAAGCAUUCCUUUCCGUCCUCGCUAAGCAAGCUGGUUCAGAUCUUAAGGAUUGGUUAAAUCAUAAUAUAACAUUUCGAGAGAUGGCAGAAGUUAUUAUUAAUGUUGGUUUCGGGGAUGAGUAUGUAGGAAAAGCAUUUCCGCAGCAUGUAAAUCCACAAUAUAUGGUUUCCAAUAUAUGUUCCUUCAAUGCUGAUUUUAUAGGUCAUCUUGAUAAACUGUAUGAAGAUAUUCAGUAUAUUUUUAAAGUAGUUGGCGUUACAGAUGAGAAUAUAUACCCAGCUCCCCAUGUCCAAAAAGGACACGACAGACUUAAAGAUACUAUUAAAGAUUUACCUAA